AUGGUCAAGGACACCCAAGUUCCCUUCGCGGGCCUUAAGUUCAAUGAGAACCCAAACGACUUCCAGCGAUGUAAAGACGCCGUGGUCGCACAUCUCGUGAGCAAGACCAACAGCCGCAAGGUCUCUGAGAUUCAAGCCGGAAGGGCUUCGCCCCGUCAUGGGUUCCAGGAUUUGCUCCUGCGUCCUGCCCAUAUCGCAGAUCCGGGACCAGAUGCUACGGAUGAUGCUCGCAAUCAGCAUGAGUAUGAGGUGGCUCUGCUGGACGAAGUGGAUUCCUACAUCAGGGACAUGUUCAACCGGACCCUGCCUCAUACAUACAUGAAUCAACUGAGUACGCCACUCUCCGCACAAACGGUUGCGGCGUUUUGGGCGCAACUUGAGAAGUUGCGCAACAUGAGAAACCGGCUGAACCGCCAAGGGCAAGAAACGCUGCGUGUGCACUUGUUGCCAAGUCAGCUGAUGAUUGGGAAGGUGCUUGCGAUGCUACCGGGUCAUCUUUGGGGACCUAGCAUCACAUUCUCGCAGGAGGAAAUCUUCACACAGCAUUCAUGA